CCUCGACACAGAGGGAACGCUUCGAACACCAGCUUCAGCUGGUGACGAUGACGAGUGAUGCGGAAGAGUCGGUGGACUUACAGCACGAGCUGGAAAGGGCUUUGGAUGAAGGACGUUCGGGCCGAGAGAUGAUCUUGAUCAGACCGCAACACAAGGACGAGAUGCUGGGCCUCCAGCGCAAGCUGAUGCAGCAGAUGGAUGCGAAAGAAAGAUUUCCGAACAGCAGACAUGAAAGACUUCAGUUGGUCUUUCAUGGCUGCUAUUUGGAGGUCUUUCUCUCGCGUCGUGGCUUCCAUCUGUUGCAUCAGCUUGCGCUUUCUUCUCCCAAGCGUGUGGGGACCGUGCAUGUCUUUACUGCGGUACUCAUGGACAGAUGA